CUCUCCUACGAACCAAUGCCCGGUUAUUCGGGAAUAUGUCUUGUUAAAUUUAUAGUAUGCUUUGUUUUUGAGCUUCGUGAAUACCGGUUUGUCCCCGAUUAUUUAAUCAACUUCAACCUGAAUUCAUGCUGGUACAAAGCACAAGACUCGGAUUAGUGUUCAUGUAAUCUAUUCAGACUCAACUUGGUCGCAAAAGCUUGGUCAAAACUCAAAAGCUGCUGUUAAGGUUGCAACCUCUGUAAAGCGGGUGGUUAUUUUUUUAAAUUACUUUAACAAAUCGGAUUAUUAUAUAUUCCGGGUUCAGGCUUUUGAAGUUUCGGAGGGACUUAAUUGGGUUUUCUUUUUCGUUUCGUGUCUUCCAAAGUUUGAAGUUUGCUAGAAUGUUUGUUGUGGUCUUUAAUGUAUUUUGGUUGAUCAAUAUUCAGUGAGGGGUUUGGAACAUCAGGCACGGUCUGCAAAGGAUGUUGGAAGUACUUAUCUGCUGCUGUUGUGCACAAACACUGAAACUCUGAAACAGCGGUCGUUUCCAUAAGCAAGUUCUUUCAAAUCACACCAAACUUUUACCUUUACCUUUUUCAGCUCUCAGGGAACCCGAAUAUACGUGUGUCAAUCACAAGUUCGAACUAACCUUCUUUUAUGUGCUUUUUGGGUCGUGUGUUAGUUAGUUAUCUGCGAAUAUAAUCCAAGUUCUUGAGUUGGUCAUUCAGAAUCUAAAGGUAGAUUGAUAAAAAAAAAAGGUAGAAACUAGAAUGGAUGGUGGUUACUUUCCACCUUGCAAAAUUGGUUCAUGGCAUGGGUUAGAAUUAGAGGAUGUGCAAGAAAAUGAUGAACUCAAACUGGUCCCAUCGUUACCCUCCAUACCUCAGCCACCUACCCCACAUGAGCCUAUGGAGUUCUUAUCCAGGUCUUGGAGUCUCUCUGCUGCAGAAAUUUCAAAGGCUCUUCUGGAAAAACAGAAGCACACAUUCCAUGACCAGAAUCAACCCACCUUGCCAGAAGCUUUUUCCGCACCUCAAUUAGUAACAGGUAAGAUCAUAGCUUCUCCUAGAAAGAUGGGAACCAUAGGAAAAUGGUUUCAUCAGAGACAUCAUGGGAACACUAGUGUUGCUGUAAAGAAGAAAGAUCGGGCACGGUUAGAAAAUGCACGUUUGCAUUCUGCUGUGUCCAUUGCUGGGUUAGCUUCGGCCUUGGCUGCUGUUGCUGCAGCAGAAAACACUAAUGGCUCUCACUCAAAGUUGAACCUUGCUCUGGCUUCAGCCACACAACUCAUGGCAUCACAUUGCAUUGAAAUGGCUGAACAAGCUGGAGCUGAACAUGAUCAUGUGGCUUCUACUGUAAAAUCUGCUGUUGAUAUUCAAACCCCUGGUGAUCUUAUGACUCUUACAGCUGCAGCUGCAACAGCUUUGAGAGGAGAAGCAGCUCUGAGAGCAAGAAUGCCAAACGAAGCAAAGAGGAAUGCAUCUAUAAGUCCCUAUGAUAGAGUACUUCUACCACAACCUCAAUGGUUUCAUGCUUUUGAUGGUCAAAUGUGUGAUCAUCAUCUUCCUUGUGAGGGAGAUUUGUUGCAGCUCUCACGGAAAGGUGUGUUACGAUGGAAGCGUGUUUCUGUCUACAUCAACAAGAAAUGUCAGACGGGAUUUUUAAUUCUUUUACUCAGGUCAAAAUCAAGAUCAAGAGCAAGCACGUUGGAGGAGCCUUCUCCAAAAAGAAUAAAUGUGUGGUUUAUGGAAUGUGUGACAAAGAUGGGGCGUGGCCUUACAGAAAAGAAAGGAGAAACUCAGAAGAGUUCUACUUUGGCCUCAAAACUGCACAAGGUCUUCUAGAGUUUAAGUGUGACGGUAAACUCCACAAGAAAAAAUGGGUUGAUGGGAUUGGGUGUCUGCUUCGUCGAGUUAACUCUGUUGAGACAACAAAACUUUCUUUAGAUCUUUUAAGUAUUAACAGCGACACGUGACUAGUUUGAAUUGUAUUGUAUCACUCUCCGGUGAAAGAGAAAAUUUUAAGUGUUGAAAAAUAAUUGAGAAGACAUUUUUUUUUAAAUCAAAAGUAAUGCAUGAAUUCACCUAAGUUUUGAA